UGAUGUGUCAACAAAUUAAUGAUAUUGUACAAGAGAUUUUGUACACUAUACAUGUAACCUUUUCCUCAAAUAGAACCACUCCAAAUUUGUUGGGUUUGCCCAUUUGGGGCUUUGAAGCUUGAAGUCAUUGGCAGAAUGCAGAAUGCCAGCCCAGCAAGAGGCCAAUUUAAAAGUUAGAAAAAAAGAAAGAAAAAAAAAUAAAAAAAAUUGCGCGCCUUCCCCUCAUUUCUCCCUGUUCUUAAAUCCCGAAAAUCAAUUCAAAAUCCUCUUAACAAUCAGCAGCAUUACCAUAAACAAACAGUUCCUCUCCACUCCACUCCUCCACCAUCUCUCUCCUUGCUCUCACCAGCAAUCUGCAGAAAUGCGAACUCGAUUUCUCACUACCGACUACUUCGCCCCCGACCAAACCCUAGAUUUCCUUCGAUUCCCUCUCUCCCCUCUACCACCUCCUCCCAAACCUCUCUCUAUCUCCGAUUUGCUUCGCUGCUGCGCCGGUUCUGCAGAUAAUUCCGUCUCGUACGAGCUCCCUAGCCUUCCGAUUGGCGACGCUCUGUCAAAAUUCUACUCAGACGUACUUCCUCACACUAUCGACGUUUGUUAUGACGAUUUUUCGAGCAAUUCCGGGUCUAGCUAUGGCGACGUUCAAAUUCCGAAGAAAGAAUCCGAUUCAUGUUAUGAGGAAAUGGAAGCUCAUAGAUGUGUAGCUUCUAAUUCUGAAUCAUUACGUCAAUUUGCUAAGGACGCUAUUGGUGAUACGAAUGACACUAAGGCUGCGAUUAUCCAGUUUGAAACACCAGAACUGUUCCAAUAUGUGGACAAUGUUUGCAUGUCCGAGAAAGAAGAAAUUCAGUUACUGUCAGAAGUGCAAGAUUGUGAUGAUGAUUUGGAAUUUCUCAAUCUUGUAAAUAGAGAUCCAUUUGAUUUUGAUGUUAAAGAUCAUGUGGAGUCAGUGGAGACUAUCUGUCUAGAAUAUGAUAUGGUACCGAAGCUUCAGACACCGGAUGAAGUUGACCUCUUGCCAAACACCAACCAUCACCUUGGCACCACCUUACCAUUGCUUGAAGUAGAAGAGAUCGGACCUGCAGAUUUUCCAUGCUUUUGCCCGGAAUCUCUGUUUGCAACUAUUGAAGAACAACAUUCUGUUUGUAGUGUUGACCUUGAACGUAGUUGCCAAGAUCUGCUUGUCUCCGUGGAAAUUGACAUUUUGGAGCAUAUUUCUGAUAGUCACUCAUCAAAGCUUCCCCUUGAACUAUGUUAUACAAGCCCGAGUAUGACUUCAGAUAUUGAUCUGAUACAAGUUAUAGAAAUUCCUUAUACAGAGAAAAACACUGAUGCUGGUGCUAGUUCCUUUGUCGAUACAUUUUUAUUUGAAGAAUUCAAGAUGCUGGAUUCAGAUUCCUUUGAUAUUUUUGAGACGCAUGCCAUUUUUCAAACAACUGAAGAAACUGAAUUGUGCAAUAUGUUUCCAGAAGACUUGCCCUUGAGAAGUUUUGAAGAAUUAAUUGUCAGCCGUGAACUAGCAAUUAUUGAUGGCACUUUCACAUCACUCUCUGUCCCUGAUCUGGUUGACGAUGAAAAGAUCUGGUCAUUACAUUUUAUUUUUGAUAAAAUACUCACUGAAUUGGAACCAGUGCCCCUCUCUACAUCGGAUGAAAUUUAUUUGGAUUGGCAUCUUCUGGGAAGGGGUGAAUGCAAUAGCUAUGUAAAUGCUGCUAUUGAGAAGGUGUUCGAUGACAUUGAUUGUUAUACCAUGGAUCCUAACUUGAAAUCUGAUGAUGGAAAUAUGCUAGUGCUUGAAUUUCUUUUUUCAGACGGUCCUUCAGAUGGGUUACAUAUGAUGGAGAACAAGGUAAUGAUGCCAUCUGGAGUGAGCUGCACAGAAAAGCAUCUGUUCAAUGAAGUCGUUUCACGGGAGUUUCUAGAUGAGGACUGCCAAAUCAUAGAAAAUAUUGGAAAUCUUACUAAUGCUGAUUUUGAGAAGUUUUCAUCAGGCAAGUUGUACAACGUUGAUUGUGAAAUCGUAGAAAAUGCUGGAGUAUGCAAUGUUGAUUUGCAUAAGCUUGAUUCAGUCGCCGGGUCAAUGCCUCAGUUCAAUGAUCUUGAUUUUUUCUUAAAUCCUAGAAAUGCCAUGGGUGGUAUGAGAACCGGUAACAAAGUCAAGCCACUAGAUGCUAAAUCUAUACUUUCUGAUAGGGGUCUUCAGAAGAAAGAAACAGCCCCUUCAAGCAACAAUCAAAUGCAGCAGUUUAAUGUCUGUGAAGGUGUCAUUGGCACUUCAAAUGACAGAGAUACAAUUAAGUUGGAUGCGCUAUUGAACUGUGGGCCUAUCAAGGAAAAAUGCAAUAAAGUGUUUACAGAAGCUUCAGGUGGUACAAAUUCCUCGGGUUUUCCUAUACCUGUUUGUCACACGGCUCAAGAAUCUGAACCGGUUCUUCCAUGUGGAAUAACUUUCCAAGAUAUGCCUAUCAUUAUUAACACUCAAGAUUUUGAGAAAGAGAUGAUAAUUUCUCGGAGAAGCACAUAUCAGAAGAUCUUAACUAUGGAGAAGAGAGGAGUACAAGUUGUGGAGAGGGAUCUGAUUCUGCCCGUUGAUAUAGUACUUAAUUCUACAGUAUGCCUAGGGUGGUAUAACUGCAAAAAUAUUGGAAAGAAAGCCACUGCUCAAGAUGAGGGUGCUUCAAGCGUUCCUCUCUGCAUUGAGAAUAUAGCAACAAAUAUUCUGACAUCUCUGAGUUUUGCAUUCACUACCUGUGUUCUGAUUUUCGAGGGAGAUUGCAACUUCAUUGGUCCUGUAAUGGAGUCAGCAGAUGAAUUGUAUGCAGCGGCAGCCAGUCUUGGCAUUUAUUUGCAGAUCUUCUAUUCCUCGUCAAUUGAGCUGACAGAUGAAAUUAUAUUGACUUACAUCAGACAUUCCAGGGAUAUAUAUAAAGGGUCACUUUCUAGACUUCCUGAAUCAGAGACACUUGCUGAAUCGUUCCUUACCAAGCUCCCUCCUAUUAAUCCACUCUCAGCGCAUGCAAUUAUUUCUAGUGGCUGCACGCUCUUGGAGUUCCUGGAGUUGACAGUUGAAAGCAGGGCCCUCUUACUCCGAAAGAAUCAUGUACCGGAUGAAAGUGUCAAUCUUCUUAGUGCCUUGUGCAAAUACGGGGAGCGGGAGGAAUCUGGACUGACUGACUGUUCUUCCUCUUUAUCUUCUCCUCCUGAUUCAGGAAGAUUUGUCAGCAAAAGCAACUCAGAUGAUAGAAAAAGAAAAUUUAAUGCAACUUCUGGUGAUGCUAUGUAUGACUUCAGAUGUUAUGAGCCAUCCAAAAAAUAUGAUGAUGCUGAAUCAUCUGACCAGGGCAUGAUGUUGAGGCCAUCUGAUUCAAAAGCACCAAAAAGUCCCAGGAUAUGUCUGCAGAAGAAGCUGCCUGAUUUCUUGUUGGAUAGUGAACUGUUUCGUGAAGGAGAAGUACCAUAUACUGCCAUAAAUAUGGAUCCUUCUAAAGCAUGGCCUGAAACAAAUAUCAAUUGUGAACCAAAACUUCCACGAAUGGAUGAUGGUUUUGCUCGAUCUAGCUUACAUGUAAAUGAUAGAUUUCCCUGUCAACAGAAAUCAGGUAAGACAAUAAAAAACAACCGAGAAGAGAGUUCAAGGGACUUACUUCAGGAUUUGCAGGAAGAUUUUGUUGGUGAAGUUGUCGACUUUUAUGACAAAUCUAUAUUUGAUGGGGACUUUCAAAUAGAUGAGGAAGUCGUGAAGUGCUCUCCAAUAGUCUCUGAUAAUGUAAAAGAUCGUGCUCCUACAUAUAACAGGACUGCUAGAAGAUUAUCGUUUGACAACAGUUCUGACUGGAACAUCCCAAUGGCUGAUGGAAUGGAUGCUAGAUGUAUGUUAGAAGAAAAUAGACAGUUGAGGGCAGAUAAUAGUUUUAAUGAUGUGGAAUAUACCUGGAGCAACAACAUAUACAAGGCUCCAGAGCAGCAGGAGCCGACAGUUAGAAAUAUUCCCGAAAAAUCUAUGCAAAAUUUCAGUGGCCAGUUCUUGAAAGGAAAGAACGUGCCUCCCUAUGGUGAAUCACCACUCUCGAAAGCCGUUCAUUCAGGGAAACUGGCUCAAGGGUCACCUUGGACAAUAGAAUUUCUCAAUCGUAUUAAGGAAAAGAGGAGGUUAAAUCAACAGUGUCAGCCAUAUGCUUCUGUUCCACGCACUAGUUAUCACGGGAAUAUCACAAAAGCCACAAAGAGAAGAAGCCCAUCUAUUCUUGAAUACUAUAAAUAUCAAAGUGACAGCACGUCAAGGAAGGUGGCAGAGCAGAAAAUGCAAAAGCAACAUGCUCAGCUGCGGAAUGAGAGGUCUCAAGGAUUUCGUCCAAUUUGUACACCAAUUGACAAAAGAGCAAGACGGAGUCUAUCUUUUACAACUACUGGAACUGGGAGCCAAACUAAACUUGUUUGGGGUGACAAUAUCUCUUGCAGUCAGGGAAACAUGUUUUCAAGUUGAGCAUGAGACAGCUGAAGAUUUCUAAUCAUGCAAUGUGUUUAGGUAACAUCAUCCCAUAAUGAUUAGCAUGAAAUUACAGGUUGGUCUUGAUCUUUUUAAUUAAAUGAGAGUUACAGAAAAGACCUAUUAUUCAUCUUAGUUACUGUAUGUGGGAUAGCUCUAUCUUAAACUUGCA